GUGGAACAGCGAUGAACGUUAUUGUUGUUUAAGUUAUUGUCAGUUCAUCUAAGCGUUUUGUUUUAGCUUCUUAAGAUUAGUGAACAUUAGUGAAGUAAGAUUAGUGUUAAUCUUGCCUUAACUACUUUGGAACUGUCUCGGGCCGAGUCAGUGACAUGGAGACCAAUAUAAAAGAUAUCCUGCACUGCGAUGAGCACCUGAGGUCAACGCUGUACUAUGAUGACAAAGAGAAGCUUCGUAGAAAGUUGGCACAGUUGCAACAGGAUUAUAUCCGAACAGCUCAGAGACUACAGCGUGCUGAGCGUAUGGAUGCAGUUCGCAGACAUGUACAGAGCAAGAUAACACAACACAACCAGAGCGACCCAGAGAUCACAUCUAACCCCUGUCUGCACUCAAGGAAACAAACAAAAAAUUGUGGAGCAGCUCAAGAUAAAGGUCCAGAAGAUUCUAACAACUCCAAAAGAAGCCAGGUGAUCAGGUUCCAGCUUCCUUCUGAUUCUCCUUGCCCAAACACCCCAGAUGUCAGCUUUGAAGUAGCUAGAGGUUACAGACCUAGCCCUGCCUUGCGUCUUAGGUCUCGACGCAGCCGUUUGCGCUGGGAAAGGAGAAGUGCUGAAGCUGAGGGAAUUACAGACACUCGUGAGGAAGGACAGGGGCAAGGUGACGGAAUAGAAAGCACUCAAAUAGAAGCAGAGGAGGAAAAAAUAAAAUCAGAGGAAACAGGGGUUGUAAAUGAAAGUGAAGAACUGUCCUCCGCUUCGGAUUCUCCCUCCCUGUUACCUACACACUGGAGCACACAUGCAAAUACUGGAGCAGGAGAUGUGGAGAGAAAGGAGACUGAAGAAUAUCAUGAACAAAGGGAAAGGGAGAACGAGUUGAACACUGAAGGUGGAGAAGAGUCAACAUUUUUACCACUUGAAGGUUGUAAAAUGGCCACAUUCAUUGAAGCAGGGGGACAUGAAUGUACAAAGAGUAGAAGAAAAAAAGAAAAAGAAGCAGGGGAGGGUGGUGGGAUAUGUGGUGGAGAGAACGAAAUGAAACCGUAUGAAGAGAACCAUAAGGAAAACACUGAACAAAAUGAAAGAGGAAAAAGUCUUCUGGACUCGUGUACUUUAGUGGAGGGACUACUUUUCCCAGCGGAAUACUAUGUGCGGACAACGAGACGUAUGACAUUGUCACAGAGCCAGCCUGACAUGCAGGCCGUCAUUCUCUCCCAGCUCAACACUGGACGACGUCCCAGGAGCCGAGGCCGCAAAAGUGUUUCAAAUAGGAACACGCAGACCAAUGAUGCUUCAGGUGAACAGACAAAGACAGAAUUUGCCUCUCAGGCAACUACAUCUAUAGAUCCUCCUAAAUCGUCAGAUGUUCAAGCUGCUGGCUUUUCUGCCGAUCUCAGUCAAAUCUCCUGUGAGAUUUCAGAUCAAGUUUUUGACAGCCGCAGCGAUAUAAAUGCCUAUUCAUCUCCUACGGUCCGCAGCAAUCGCCCAGGAAGAGGCAGGACAAGAAAGAGAGGCAGAGGCAGAGCGAGACCCUCGACGCCGCGGUCAUCUCUAGGUUUAGACACCAAUCACUUAGGCCUUGGGCAAGUUUCAGACAGCCCUCCGCCCACCGCUACCCCAGCCUCUCCCUGCCUGUCAGGCCACAGCACUGCUGCCCAUCUUUCCUCUGGGAUUACUGAGGCUCAAUCUGAUGCUGCCACUGGUAACCUGGAAAAAGUCUAUCCCAUCUUUGUGAAGAGCAACAUCAGGAAUAACAGAUGCACACAAACGAACAGAGGCACAUCAAGUUGGCAGUCUCUCCUCUUGCAGCCUUCUCCUUCUGCACGAACUGACCUUCGUCCUGUCCCAUGUCAGUCACUCAGCUCGCUGGCCAGUGACCUGAUGAAAUUAGACAUCCAGCAAGAUUUCCAUCUCCCUGAUGACCAGUUUGCCUCCCUGAAGCUACACAAACUCCAGCAAGUUUCUGUGGAAUCGAACGUAGAAGGUUUCAUAUCACCGUACAACACCCGCAACCGCAAGCGCCGCUCUGACAGUGACUGCACCAGCAGCACUGACCCAGUCAUCCCACUUCCUCUGCCACUCAGCCUCACACCCACAAUUCCAGUAUCUCCUCGUGCCACUGGAGAAAGACAAGCAACCACACAGACUGUACAUCUGGAGAGUGUAUCAGUAGACCACAAGCCUGCAGAUCAGUCCUUAGCUCAUAUGUCGCUUGAUUCUGCUUAUACACCUGGAGGGCAGCAGACUGAGAACCUCCACGCACAGACUCAGACCAGUUCAACAGAAACUGUGUCACUGCUUGAACAUUUCACUGACGACUUUGUCAGUCAAUGUAAAGAGCAUGAAACCAUGGCUUUGAACAGCCGUAACAAAGGUAGUGUGUUGACUUCCAACAUGGACAGACCAGCAGGUAACAUGAAUGUGAUGGGACACUCAGAUAACCCCAAAACAACUCAACCUGCACCAGAGAAACAAAUGCUUUGUGUUGUACCCCAAACAGAAGACAAAGUUGUCACCAAGUCUUCACAGGAAACACCUGAGAAAGGCUCUCACAUCUGCCCUGCUGGAGAAUUAUGUAAUGACACUGAAGCUCAGGGAGACUCUGCUGUGAUAUCUUCUGCCAAAGACUCAGAGGGGCCUUCUGAACACGCCACAAGUCCUGCUGGAGCCAAAUCAGAGCAACGACAGCAUCCAGCUCAGCUCUGUGUUCGCUCUCAGCUGCUGCUGAGUCCUUCAGCCACCUGCCCCUUUGUAAGCCCACACCCAGUGUCCUCUGGCCACCCGUCCAGUCCCACACUACCAUCUCUAGGACUGACCCCCCACCUUGCCUUCCCUCUGACUUCAUCCCCUUCUGCUCCCACUCUCACAUUGCCUCCCCCUCACAGCUCGUCUCCUCAGGCCUUCUCCCCUCCGGGUCUCUCACUCUGUCCAUCUUACACUUCCCAAACUUCUAGCCUGCCUCCUGCCUCCCUUAAUCAGUGUCACACGGUUGAUGCUCCACCCAGGAUGCAGUCACAGGACUCAGGUGGGUUGGUGAACCAAGGAAUAGAAGAAAGUGUACAGGAUCACAUGUUGAGACCUGUACACACAUUGAAGGCCCCAGCAGGAAGCUGUCUGGUGGAUGCAUGCUGUCUGCCUCGACACUCAGGGGGGUUUUGUGUAGCAGCAGCAGGAAAAUGGGCAGUGUGUCUGUGGAUUCAGAUUUCAGCAUCUAACUGGAGCUUUAUACACACAUGGACCUUUGAGAAGCCUGUAAUUAGUGUGUUUCCUGUCCCGGAUGCUUCUGAGAUGAUGUGUGUGACUCUGGGUCAGUUGGAAAUCAGAGAAGUGAGGGUGUUGUCCUGCUCCAGCCUCUCGCCAGUGCUGCUCUAUGAAGGCGUCGCCCAGGCUGUUGUUGGUGUGUCCAACUCCAGAGUAGUCCUUUCCUCCCACUCAGCAGCAGGCUCCACGCUGCAGGUGUUUAAGCUGUCAGACAGCAGCAGCACACCGUGUUCCCAGAAUCUCAUGCCUCCAGGAGUUUGUAUUGGGGCCCUGGCUCCUGUGGAUGGACUUCCUGAUGCUUUGAUUGGCACAGAUGAGUGCGGCCACCUCUUCAUCUGGAACCUGAAGACUGGACAGCUGCUGCAGAGAGUCGUUUUCAGAGCUGACUUAUCACACACAGCCUGUCUCAGAGGAUACUCCCACUGUGGAGUGUUGUUUGUGCUGCUGCAGCAUCAGAUGCUCAGCUCCCUGGAGGAAGACGAGAAAGAGGCCAAAGCAAAAGAUCAGGCAUUUUCAGAGAAGGAGAAGGAACCAGAAAAGAAGAUGACUCCCUUCUUCUCUUUGGUUGCUGUUAAUCCUUUGAGUGGAAAAUCUGUCCUGGCUACUAAACUGUACCCACCCAAAGGCUGGUCAGGAAGAGUGUGUGAAGCCGAUGUUCACGGCUCCAGCGUGGUCGGGCUGAGUCAGAGUGGCUGUGUGUGUGUGUGGGAGCUCAUUGGUCGAGGCGAUCCGAGCAUGGUGUGGGCUCCUGGGACUGAGGGUUGGCUGCUGGCUCGUUGGGGGGGGCCAGGUGUGCUGGUGAUCGGGCAUCACAACGGGAACAUUACUCUGCACCGCUACACCCACAGUUCAGUCUGCUGCUAGAACUAGAAAUGCUAAGGUCAUGCCUUAGUCUUUAUAUCACUGUAUGAAUGUUUACAUGAAGACACAGGCCAGUGCUGCUGAAAUAUGGGAAUCUAUAUACUAAAACUAAAUAUAUGCUUUAAGUGAGAGACCUUUUAGUAAAGAUUUAUUUGGUAAUACAAUUCCUGUCUGAAGUGCUGGUAAGCGUGCUCAGUGACACACUGGGCCUCUUCUAAAGAUCAUCUUUGUAUUCUUUUCUGUUUGAUGCGGAAUAGUUCCUCCACUGUAAACCCAGUCUAAAAAGCAGCUUUGUGUUUCAUGACUGCUGCUGUUUCAGAUGUGUUUUGUGACUUAAAAACAUGUUGUUUGUUAAAUUUAAAGAAAAAUAUAUUUGGUUUUAUUAUUUACUGUAUAUUAAAUGUGCUGUUUAGUUAGA